AAAAUCUUAGGAUGAGCUGCUCUGAAGCUAAUCGGACACACUUUUCAGGUCUCCCUAUGGGAUGUGCCCAGGACUAUGUACUCUGGUCAAUGGACAGGAGUCUUCAACAGAUCUUCCAACAUCUGGAAUGUGCAAGAUCAACUCUACGGAAUUCUGUUUGCCUGAAUCACAGGAUACGAUUUCUUCUUCCACUUCCUCUGUGCUUGUGGCUCAGGAGCCUGUUCUACCCCAUUGUGGCUGUAAGAAGGCAAAACAUUCUACUAAGGACAGCAGCUCCUCUGGAUCAUGAUGCAACAACUCCAGCCUGUCCCACCUUCCCGUCUUUUCUAAAGGAACAACCCAGCAACUCCGGAGCAAUAGUUUACCUAUUUUACCCAAAAACCAGUCUUCCAUGUUCAGGAACCAAGGCACAGCCCUGCCUCCUUUUCAGCUCUCAGAGUUUGGGAAAUCAAAACUUUUACAGAAUUUGGCAGCUCUUUUACCCUUAAGAUCCCAAAACUCUUUUAUCAACUCUGUGUUUGAGUCCCCAGAUCUCUGCCAACAAGAAAAAAAAAAGAAAAAAGAAAAAAGAAAAAAAGAAUGGGGAGAGACCAAGAGUCAUUUGACAUUGGAUCAUGGACCAGAUUUUAUUUUCACCAAGGCCAGACCACGAUUCUCGGGGUGGGCUCCAAUCCUGCUCUCUCCUUUGGCUAGGUGGGAGUUAGAGGGACAUAUGGCUUGGAAGGUUUAUACUUUGAGGGAACAAACAGUGCCUCUGCCGGUGAGGGAGUCAUGGGCAAUGCUGAAAUAUUUAACUGAGGCACAAGGAGGAGUUCCCAAACCACAGAAAGUUCAAAUCCAGGUAUCUAUGCCCAUUCAUCAAAGCACUGAACAAAAUCUCUACAAUAAAUUCCCAAACUGUCCAUCAUUUCAGCUCCAUGAUACUGGAGUGGAAUCUGGAUUAAAUCGAACAGAAACAGAAAUUUCACAGUCACUUAUCCCAGGUAAGCAGUCACAACUUGGGGAUGGCCCGCAAAUCCUUGAAUCCAGGCCCUUAGUUACAUCAUUGGGCACUCCGCUUCCCAAAAGUUUAGGAGCUGACGUAAUUCCAGAGAAAACCACUGGACUGCAGAAAGAGCCAAAACAUGUUCUAGAACUUAAUAUAGAACAGAGGGUCAUAGGUCUUCUGGAAAAAAGGAUUCAGCAGCAUAAGUCCCACAUGACUCAAGUUGAAUUGAUCCCAAAGCUACCAUGUCAUGUUACAGAGAGCAUAAAGGUAACUCCUUUAGCAUUACUUCAAGUCAUGGCUUCAAUGGGGAUGAUCCCAGAAUCACAUUCAGAAGUGAUAGAAUCUGUGGGUUUGUUCCCACAGCCAUCAAAGUUGGGAAACCAAUGGGGGAAAAAAAAAGUGAGUGUAAGCACUAAACCAUCAUAUCAAGUCACUAAAUCAGUGGAGGUAACACCAAGUGUUCAGGAUCAAGUUAUGGAAUCCAAGAUGACCUCCAGACCCCUGAAUCAAGUCACAGAUAAUGUGAUGGUAACUCCUGCAGCAUUGCUUCAAGUCAUGGAUUCUAUGGGGAUGAUUAAUGAGUCACAUCCACAUAUCAUAAAACCAGUGGGAAUAACCCCAAGAACACCAUCUCAAGCCAUGAAAUCAGGGGAAAUAACCACAUCCUUGGACCAUAAAGUCAUACCAUCAGGAAAGAUGCAUCCAAAGGCACAAUACACAGUUGUGGAAACUGUGGCAAUGACUUUUGGGCCACAUCCUGAAGUUACUGAAUCAGUGAAUAUAACCUCAAAGCCACAAAGUCAAAUCACAGGACCAUUGACGAUUCCUCCAGGGCCAAUAUGUCAAAAUACAGGAUCACUGGAAAUGAUCUCCAGUCCAUUGCAUCAAGUUACUGAUUACACGAAAGUUACUCCAGUGGCACUAUUACAAGCUAGGGAUUUCGUAGGAAUAAUUCCACCAGCACCACCACCUGUUAUAGAAUCUGGGGAUUCAUAG